GAUUGCACAGCCCAUUUCCCAGUCGAAAAGAUACACACAGAGUGGUACAGUGUUGUAAUGUAGCCUAUAUCGUUCUGUCAAAUUAACAAUUAUGUUACAAUGUAACGAAAAAUGCGAGAUUUUACCUGAAAGGAGCUUACAACUUCAGUUACACGCUCUUAGCAAAUCUAUGUCAUGCUGUGCAGUGGAAAGGCUGUGCGUGUACUUGUUGAGCUCCAGGACCAUCACAGAGUAUGAGAGCCAGGUGAUCUGGUCCCAGAGAACAGACAUGGAGAAGGCUGCCAAACUGCUCCAGGUGGUGCUGAAGAAGGGUCGCAACGCCUGUCUUCUCUUUUUCGACUCACUAGAAAAGUGUUGCCAGUGCCCACCACAGUUCGAAAGAGUUACCGGCCUCCCAGAGUGGAGGAGGACCAACACUGCCCCAACUUACGUCAUCAACAUCAGCCAUUCCAAUUUGAGUAACUGCAUCAUUGGAGAUGGCAACUUUCAAGGAGUGACAACGUGUAUACAACAACCUCAGAGCAUGGGUUCAGAGGAUGCUAGGCAUGAGACAAUGGGAGGCAACAUCACCAGUGAUCACCAGAGAGCAGUACAGGCCUGUCUAGAUCCAGAGCUCCAGAGGAGUGUCCAGGUCUAUGGGUCCCAACUGCAGUAUGUCAUCAUCGGGGACAACAACAACCUGCAGGCUGAAGACACACCGGAAGAGGAAGAAGGGGAAGAAGAAAAACUCAUUAAUGAAAGUAACUGAUUAGAUUUUUGUAGUGCUUUUCCAGAUGCUCAAAGUGGUUUACAUUGUAUUGGGGAAACUCCCCUCAUACACCACCAACUAGUUUCCAUUUAAGUCAUUUAGCAGACUCUUUUAUCCAGAGUGACUUACAGGAGCAAUUAGGGCACAUAGACAUAUUUUUCACCUAGACAGAUUUUUCACCUAGUCGCGUCAGCAAUUCAAACCAGUGACCUUUCAGUUACUGGCCCAUCGCUCUUAACCGCUAGGUUACCUGCCUCUGGUGCCAAAGGUUUCAUGUUUGAAUCCAGUGAUAGAAAGUUGUACUUGAGAUUUUUGUUUUAAGCCUAUCCCUAACCUUAACCCUUACCUUAACCAUUCAGAGUUAAUGCCUAAACUUUAAUGUCUAAACUAGUUGUUGUGUGGCACUGCAUCAGAAUCCUAUCAGAGCCAUACAUAUCAUAUAUGCAUUUAAACUCUUAUAUCCUAGAUGCCAUCUCCUGCUGUUGUGCACUUGAGCAAGUUACUGCACCACAAGCGACCGUGGCUCUCAAUCUCCGUGAGUGAUAUGGGGACAAAAUGUAUGGCCAUUGGCUACAUUGUAAUGUUCCUUGCUGUGUCGAUGAACUUGAUUUCUGGGGAAUGUAUAUGUAUUGUAAAUUGUAGUGUAUUGUUUGGAUAGUAUAACUUAACCCUACAUAAUCAAAGAAUGAACCAUAUUUUUGGUCCGUAGACUUAUGGAAUAAGUAUUGAAUCAUACAGUACCUAGAUUGUGUUCUGUGAACCCAAUUUAUAAUGACCGCACUGACCACUGACCACUGCCACUGACCACUGACCACUGCCACUGACCACUGCUGA